UGUGUUGCACAAAUGCACGCAUGCAUGUACGUGUCUCUGAAAUAUGUGCACAGAGAAAAGGCCUUUGCGUAGGUGGGAUUCCUUAUUUCCUUAAGCGAAGUGGAAAACUGAGACAAUGAAACCGGAUGAUGCGAGACCUAUUUGCCAGUGUGUUAUAGUGAAAGAUUUCUUAAAUUAAGCAGAUAGUAUUUCAGUAUUCUAACACAAUCGUGCCGCUUUUAAGGCAUAUACUGUUUGCUGGAAGGAAGCUCAGUAUACUUAUUUAUGUUUGAAAAUCAAAUUUAAUACUCAUGUUUAGUGAAAUGAUUGCAAGAAUGUGCAGAUAGUCCGAAGGACACCGAGCUGAACGGCAUCUACCCUAAUCACUUAUAUAGCCGCAGUUGCAAUACAGCAUUAGAAAUACAUCGCCAGGACCAUUUGAGCCGGGGGGUCUUGUGGUCUUUGUUCGGAAGCUGCGUGCAAGAAGGACGACCUGGCUGGAUCUACAGUUUUACGUUUGGUUUAUUGUGGAUUUGGUUUUGCAUAUUUUGCUUUAUUUUUUGCCGCUACAAACAAGAUCAAACGGGAAUUGGUACAAACAGGAAUUAAGGUGCGGUUUUCGUGUGAAAGGGGUGCAGGUAACGAGGAAGGUUGGUCGUGUAUUUUGGCUUCGGAUUCAAAAAUGAUGAUUUACGUUCUGCUUUAUCUGAUGGAAUUGACUGCAAAUUAUAUCAUUUAAGGACGAUCGAAUGCCCUAUUUUUCUGCAUUCACAUAUAGCCACUAGGGUCCUCACUGGAUCUUGCUCUGAGACAAUAACUGUAUUGGGAGACUUUUGGAAAAAUAUCUAUGUGGAGACAGUACUGCGCCUCAACAUUCCUGGAAAAUUAACGACACUGCAUACAGGAUUCUUUAUGUGGAAUACCAUGGAACGACUUGUGUUUUGUGCGUUGAUGUUUGGAAUGUUGGUGAAGGGGCAGAACUGCCCUGGCCGGUGCAUCUGCCAGAACAUCUCUCCCACCCUCACCCUGCUCUGUGCCAAAAAAGGGCUCCUCUUCGUGCCGCCUACCAUUGACCGAAAGACAGUGGAGCUGCGGCUGACAGACAAUUUCAUCACAAUCAUUCGAAGGAAAGAUUUCUUUAACAUGACCAGUUUGGUCCACCUAACCCUGUCCCGAAACACCAUCAGCCAGAUCACCCCCCAUGCGUUCGUAGGACUCCGUUCCCUGCGUGCCUUGCAUAUGGAUGGAAAUCGCUUAAGUGUCAUUAAGACUGACCAUUUUAAAGGACUUUUCAAUCUCCGACACCUAAUUCUUGGGAACAACCAAAUUCACUAUGUGGCUCCCACUUCUUUUGAUGAGUUUGUAGGCACUAUCGAGGACUUGGACCUCUCUUACAACAACCUGAAGACUCUUCCUUGGGAAGCUAUUGCCAGGAUGACAAACAUCAAUACUCUAACUCUGGACCACAAUCUCAUUGAUCACAUUGAGGCUGGGACCUUCACCCUCCUUGCUAAGCUAGUACGCCUGGACAUGACUUCCAACCGCCUGCAGAAACUGCCCCCGGACAGCCUGUUCCAGCACGCACAAGUUCUGUCAGAUGCUAAGGGCUCCAACCCCUCUUCGCUGGCCGUAAGCUUCGGUGGAAACCCCCUUCACUGCAACUGUGAACUGCUGUGGCUCCGACGGCUCACGAGGGAAGACGACCUGGAAACGUGUGCCUCUCCCGAGCACCUUAUGGAUAAAUACUUCUGGUCCAUCCAGGAGGAGGAGUUCAUCUGUGAGCCUCCUCUGAUCACCAAGCACCAAGUCAGCAAGCCCUUCGUAAUGGAAGGCCAGGGGGUGACACUGAAAUGCGUCGCCAUGGGUGACCCGGACCCCACCAUCCAUUGGCGCUCCCCUGACGGAAAGCUUGUGCACAAUAAUUCCCGGACCAUCCUGUAUGAGAACGGCACUCUGGAUAUCCUCAUCACCACCCUCAAGGAUAGUGGGGCCUUCAACUGUGUGGCAUCUAACGCUGCAGGAAUCGCAACAGCGUCAGUAGAGGUCAACAUGAUACCACUACCCCUCUUCGUCAAUAACUCCAGCCAGAUGAAAGCAACAGACCCUGGAUUGUCUGAUAUCACCACUUCCUCUAAGUCUGGUAACAAUGACACGAAGAACCAUGACAAGAGAGUAGUAGCAGUUGAGCUGACGUCCUCUUCGGCUAUAAUUCAAUGGCCAUCGGAGCGCCACAUCCCGGGGAUCCGUAUGUACCAGAUCCAAUACAAUAGCACCUUGGAUGACACUCUGGUGUACAGAAUGAUCCCCUCAACAAGCAAGACUUUCCUGGUGAAUGACCUUGCAGCCGGCCGGGAGUAUGAUCUGUGUGUGCUGGCUGUCUACGACGAUGGCAUCACCUCCCUUACGGCAACACAGGUAGUGGGCUGUGUUCAGUUUAGCACAGCCAGUGAGAACAGCCAGUGCAAAUUCAUCCAUAGCCAGUUUUUGGGUGGCACCAUGAUCAUUAUAAUCGGAGGUAUCAUAGUUGCUUCUGUGUUGGUCUUCAUCAUUAUCCUCAUGAUCCGCUAUAAGGCGUACAGCAACCCGAAUGACAGCAAAUCCAAGGUCAGCAGUAUGCAGUCGCAAACCAAUGGGAAUCGGGGUGACAUGCAGCGUUCCACCUCCAAACAAUAUGCUGAAGAUGACUACCAUGCCGGACAAGUGGCAAAGGUGGUUAAAGAGUGCAAAGCGCUGGUGUUAAAGGUAGAUGCUGAUAAUCAGGAGGUCCCACUGGCCACCACUGCCAUUUUAGAGGUGGAGUUACCACUACCAGGACCAGCAGACCCUGACAGGGCCAACCGGCGAAUGAGCUUAGACGCCCAACGCUCAGGUCUUGCUGAGAAUAACCACAUGGACAGCAGCCUAGCGGGUUCCACCUUGUCUCUUUGUCUCAUUGGACCAAGUGCAGGCAACAAGGAAGUCUCCAAGCUAAAGGACAAGAAAAGUGCCCUGGCCAACCUGCUGCCUAGCGAGUUGGCACGAACUAGGCACCGGUUCUCCUUUGAUGGGGAUUAUUCCUUGUUUCAGAGCCACAGUUAUCCCCGGGCACGGACAAGGAGACACAUGUCCUCCAGUCAGAUCAACGUAGACUCUUCACCCUUAAACAACCGCAGGGUAACUUUCAGCAGCACAGAGUGGAUGCUGGAGAGUACUGUUUGAAGGCCUUUGCCUGCCUUCCUCACUCCCCAUCCUGGGUACCAGGGGAAAACUGUGCCCAUCCAUUCUGCAGCAGUGCCUUAUUGACAAAUGUACUAAUGGAGGAUGCUGCUAAGUCUGUUCAUAAUUGGUUUCACUUUGACACAUGUUUUUUUUCUCCCUUUUUUGUGCUUUCUAUCUGGUGCCAGGUCUGGCAAACGGAGAUAACUUUUUAUGGAAAAAAAAUAAUUAUGAGACAGAACUAAGAGCACACAGACGUGGAUGUUCAGAAUGUCAGCAAUUUCUCUUGGAAUUAUUUUAAAGCUUUUGCACAGAAGACACGAGAUAUAAGGACAAGAAUCACAAAACAUCUUUAUAAGAGCGUAUAUUACAAAUGUCUAUACACAUGCAAGAUUCAUAACAGCAUAGAGAAGGUGAAUCUGCGGACCCUGCCUUGCUCAUAUGACUAUAUGAUAUUGAUAGGUAUUGUUUCUGAUGUGACUGUAAGAUAUUGAUAGGCAUUGUAUCUGGCUGGUCUAGAUAAAAACAGCUAAUUACAAAAUAUAUGAAUAUAUCAAAUAUCUGUCUGUGUUAUAAAUAUAGAAGUCAUAUGUUACAUGUCGUUUUACAAAAAAAUUUGAUUGUUAACCACAAGUUUUUACAUUACAAGCCUGUGCCAUCACAAUCCUUUAUUCAGCAUAUCGAAGUUCCAGAUUCACGUUAUCCCUUAAUAAAGAGUAUUAAAAGUUUGUGUCAGUUAA